AGCAGGCGAGGAAAUGGUCCGUGUGUCCCGGGUGCUCCCCAGCUGCUGCUGCUGCCCUGAUAUACAGACACAUCCCUGACUACUGGCUGGGUUGCACCACCAAUUCCUGGGACCACCAAUGCCUGCUUUUCUCACUCUACCACUCCUCCAUAACGUCUUGUGCCCUCUCACCCAGAAGUCUGUCCUUCACAAAUAAAUUUGAUUUCUACACAUUGUAAUGUCCAAGACAGUAUGAAGCAAACUACAUAUGUGCUUCCAUCUUGUCAGAAGCACUAACACAGGCCUUUAUACACGUACAAUGUGCAUACAUCCCUCUUAUACAGUAUAUACACACAUUUUCUAAUAAUUACACCAUCCUGUAGGCAGUGCCUUUCUGUUACACACGUGGAUAACCUAUUACUUACAUGCAGGACCUGACAUUCAGAUAUAGAGCCUGUUACAGCAAUUGAUAUAUACAUACCAGUGUUUACAUUCUGACUUGGACCUACACUACAGAACCUGUGAUUUUUGUGUGUGUAUAAAUCUAUCCCUUUUGCCAGGACUGGAAUUGUGGGACAUCUAUUUUGAGACAUUGUGAGAACUACAUAAACAUCAUUAUGUCUCAUGGAGUGUCACCUCCUCUUCUGCUAUGGAUGGAAGAGACGUGCGUUAUGAUGUUUCUUCGGACUCGAAGACUAAUUCUCCAGAUUGGAGUCCUAGUUUGUGUCCUGCUACUGCUCCUUUGGGUUUCUAUAUUCCUGUACGGCAGCUUUUACUACUCCUAUAUGCCAACCGUGAAGUACUCCUGCCCGGUGCACUACCAGUACAAUUCCACCUGUAACCCGCCACCUGGAAUCCUGUGCUCUUUCCCCACAGCUAAUGUGUCUCUUUUGAGGAAUAACCGUGACCGGGUACUUAUGUAUGGACAGCCAUACCGCAUAUCCCUGGAGCUUCACGUUCCAGAAUCUACAGUUAAUCAGGAUCUUGGGAUGUUUAUGGUUUCAAUGUCCUGCUAUACACAUAGAGGGAAACAUAUAUCUUACACGGCUCGAUCAGCUAUGCUGCACUACAAGUCUCCCCUCCUGAGAACGAUAGAGACUCUGGCCUUUCUGCCACUGCUGCUUUCAGGGCUGUAUGAGCAGAAGCAAUCUCUUGAAGUUGAGCUGCACUCUGAAUAUCGAGAAGAUUCGUAUGUCCCAACCACUGGGGCUGUGAUAGAAAUUCAGAGUGUCCGCAUACAAAUCUACCAUGCUGAGCUGCGGGUCCAUGCACACUUCACUGGGCUCAGGUAUCUCUUGUACAAUUUCCCAGUCAUGUCUGCUGUAAUUGGCAUUUCCAGCAACUUCAUCUUCAUGAAUGUCUUGGUUUUGCUGAGCUAUCUGCAGUGGGGUUUUGGAAGAUCUCGUUUGAGGACUAGACCCAGGAGUGGUGGCAGUGCUGAUAGGGGAAGGACGGAGACACAAGGAAGGGGGUCCCCUCAACCAGCAAACCUUGAUGACCCACCAGACACCGUGACACUUGGUCCAGGUGACAAUACAGGAGGUGAUCAUCCAAAUACCUCUGAUGUGUCCCCACAGACUGUUGGAAUGACAGAAGAACACGAUGACCUUGAUCAGGACUUGGACAUCACUCCACCUAUGCACGUAGACAUUGCAGGUGCUGUGGGCGCAGAUAUGGGCACCCCAAGUGAGCCUCACACUGGAAGCUUGACACUUCGACAGAGGUGCACUCAGAUCACCGGCCAUUGAUGUCUGGCAAUGGGACAGUUCCGCUUGCUCACCCUGCAUCCUACCAGAGUGCCCUAGAUGGUUACAGAUUAGUUUAGGCCUCUAGUCUCUGGAGCAGUUGUUCGAUUACAACUCCCAACAUGUUCUGUUAUUUACUUAGUAGUCUUGAAGACCCAAGUUACUCCCAAUGGCAGUAGUUGCUAGAAGUACACUUCUGAAGAUGAGGAACACAAACAACAUCUGUUACUGGAACCAGCUUCUGAAGCUGGAAUCUGUUGUUUGUUACUUAACUUUCCUAUAAUUUUUUUGUGAUUUACCUUCUUUGUUACAAGUUUCCUAAGUAUCUGUUUACGCAUCCAUGUCUACUGUUGCUUUGAGCACCAUCUUUUUCCUUUGCAGUUACUUGUGCUACCUAAGUUACUGACAUGUUACACUUUUUCUGUGUAAUGAUUUUUAUGACCUCACUCAUCCAAACCCCCCUAUGGAUUUUAUCAUCUUAUCUCGCGUCUCAUAACCACAUAGGAAUAAGCUGUUCCAUGGUACGAUGACUCCACUAUCUAUACACUCAUACCCAGCCGCACAUUCCUCACAGGAUUAGUCUCUCCACCCCCACGUCUUCCACUACACCUUUCUCCAAGCUGGCAGGCUCACAACCCACACCUUAAUUCUGUGUUUAUGUAGCUGUACACUUAGAACAUGUCCAGGCACAAAUUCCUGAGGAUGUUCGCACAUACAUUAGUGCUGGUGUGUGUGUCUUUCAGUUUGUCUGAACAAAAAUGAUAUGUUCAAAUAUAAGUUAAAUUCAACAGUGUGGAUCACUUAGACAUUAUACAGAUGGUGCAUUUGUCAUCCAGGUCCGUCUGGCUAAUCAUCCAUAAUUCAAUAUAUGAAGGUUAUUUUCAGUACUUGUGUUACAGGUACAUGGCAGCACUUCUGUUACCAGUGUUACUACUUAAUAAGCAUCCUAAAAGGAUGUAAAUAUUUAAAAUGCAAAUACCAAAUGGCCAUAAUCCUAACGACUCCAAUACUAUGCAUGUUGACUGUGGUAUGAAACAUACACAAAGCAAUACUAUCACACUGAACACUCUUGUCUAUGCAUGGUGCAUUUUACACACACAGGGUAUAUACGUCAAAAUACACAUUCCAAAAACAAAACGCACUGUACAAAUAUAACCUUAUUUCUAAACCAGUAUGUGCAAUGUAGCUGAAUUAAAAUGAAACUGUGAAGUCACACUUCAGUCAAUAGCUGGAUACUGCUAUACAGCUGAACAUCAAUAAACGGUUUGUUAUAAA